CAUCGAGCUUCAGUCUCCUCCAAGGGUCGCUACAGCUCUGAGUUCGCCUUAGCAUACGCUGGGAGCCUCGUAUACACUCGAGAGCGGUGGUACCUGACGGACUUUGAGCUGGUGCAGCGUGUGGGGCGGGGCGGGUUUGGCGUGGUGUGUCAGGUGCGGAACAAGUUGGAUGAGAAUGAGUAUGCCGUGAAGAGGAUCAACCUGCCAACCAACAAGUCAUCUGCUGAGAGAGUGAAGAGGGAGGUGAGGGCCCUGGCCAAGCUCAACCACACCAAUAUUGUCCGCUACUACAACAGCUGGCUGGAGACGCCCCCCCCAGGAUGGCAGGACCCCCAAGACACCAUGCAUAGCGAGACGUGGCCUCUAUGUCCUCCAUGUUCUCGCCUGGCACAGAGGAAUCACACAGCGAGGUGCUGGUGAUGAAUGCAGUAGACAAGCCAGCAGAGGACACUAGCAGCCUCUCUGGUGUACUGGGGCAUCUGGCUGUCACUGGAGGGCUGGGGGAACUGGGACAGCUGGGCAGCACAUGGGGCAAUGGUGGAAUGAGUGGGUAUGAAGAAGAUGAGGAUAAUGAUGAGAGUGACCAGGAUUCAGUGCAGUCAUCAAGUGGAGAGAGCCAGCAUAAUGUAUGGAAUGGUCCUAAAGAGCAGGACAGUUCAUUUGAUGUAGUCUUUGAGCAUUCCCGGGGCUCUGUUGGCGUCAGGAAGGAAUGUGGGGGUGACUUAAGUGUGGACAUGACUGACAGCGUGACUGAUGAGGCGACUGGCGACUCCAAUGCUUUACAAGACACCGAAGAGACACACAGUCAUGAGUCAUGGGAGAAACUAUCAAACUGUAGCCAGAAUCACUCCACAAGCCACUCCAUCGUGUUUGAAGACUCAUACAGCAAGCAGAGCCACGCAGAACAGGACACAGACACAAGAAACACUACAGAGGAACCCAAGAAGAGACGGAGAGUGCGAAGCCAGCCAGCAGGCAACCAGAAGGGAGAGAGACGCCGCACACUGAGUUUGAGCACCACCACGGCUGAUAAACUCAGGGAUGGGGUGCAGAAAGCCGUGAUGAAGCCUCAGUCUGUCCCUCGCACCUUCCUCUACAUCCAGAUGGAGUUGUGUCAGAAGGAAAGCUUGCGUGAUUGGCUGGUGCAGAAUUCACAAAGGGACAUUAAGGUGGUGGUGGAUAUGUUCAAUGAUAUAACCAAUGCAGUGGAAUAUGUACAUUAUAAUCAUCUUAUGCAUCACGAUCUUAAGCCCUCCAACAUUUUCUUCUCCUUGGAGGGCAAAGUGAAGGCGGGUGACUUCGGCCUGGUCACCACCAUCGUGGAGGAGGAGGAGCAGCAGGCCGCCUACACGCCUGCCACACACCUGCAGAGGUUCCCCACUGAACGCACGCAUACUCAUCGUGUUGGGACUCGCCUCUACAUGAGUCCAGAGCAGGUGAGUGGGCAGGUGUACGACUACAAGGUGGACAUUUACUCACUGGGCCUGGUGUUCUUUGAGAUGCUGGUGCCCUUUGGGACAGGGAUGGAGCGCCUGGCCGUCAUGAUACGGCUCAGGGAGGAGCUGCUCUUCCCUCCAAAGUUUGAGGACAACUUCCAUGAUGAGAGCUCCCUCAAGCUGAUGCUUUUCCAGGACCCAGUGCCGCCCCACCACAUGCGGCCUGAGAGCCCGGCGGUCGCUGCGUCCCCUGCAGGGCCGCAUCGUGGAGGACAUCUUGCCAGAGGACCACUUCCGCCUGUCCCGCCAACGCUCCCACUUCACCGCCUCCUCCUCUUCCACUACAUCACUCUCCACCUCCUCCACCACCUCCACUUGAUGAAGUAUUCCUCCAUGAGUUGUGUCAAGUGGUUGUAAUUACAGUAAAAUCCCUCUCAUCCGGCAUUCGAGUAUCCGGCAGCUUCAAGUAUCCGGCACAUUUUUCUCCGAGCCUUAAAAUCAAUAAAAAAUCAAUGUGUACCCAUAAAAUUGAUUAAAAUUCCCGCGCGAGGCAUACUUUGUCCCCUCGCCACCAGAGCGCACUGCUUCCCGCCACCCGCGGCCCACUGCACUGUGUUUACUCAGUGACUCAGUCCCGCGUGUGCACUGUUUAUCGCCUGACGCCUUCAUCAUGCCUAAAGUUGUAGAAAAGAGGAAGCGUGUUGUGCUUACACUUAAGCAGCUGAUCAGAUCAGCUGAUCUUUGUUAUGGUAAGAUGCGUGAGUGUAGGGUGGUGAUUGUGGACAUAAUUUCACUUCUAUUCAAGUAUCCAGCAUUAUUCAAGUAUCCGGCAUGUCGGCGGUCCCAUUGAUGCCGGAUAAGAGGGAUUUUACUGUAUCAUUCUUUUUUAUCCUUCAUUUAUUUCUACCUCUUCCUUCUCCUCCUGCUCCUCCUCUUCCUCUUCCUCCACUUGAUUGAACAUUCCUCUUGCAUGUGUGUGUGUGUGUGUGUGUGUGUGUGUGUGUGUGUGUGUGUGUGUGUGUGUGUGUGUGUGUGCGGACACACACACACACACACACACACACACACACACACACACACACACACACACACACACUAGGGAUGGGCCAGCAUUUCUACAUUAAUUUCACUCAUAAACAAUUUUAAAUAACCUGAGACAUCUAAUAUAAACAACGGCAAUAAUGUAACUUGCAUUGUAAUUCAUUAUCUACAUUUACACUUCUAAUAUAACUUCCUCCCUACAUAAUUCUAACAUGACAACUUCUCGUGUGAAUUAUAUUGUAGGUUCAAAUCUUGUAGGGUGAAUAUUUUUAAAAGUUUACCAAAGGGGGCAUUGAAAAGUUUCAGUACAUUAGAGGCACCUAUGUUGUUGUCACAAGGGGUUCAUAGCUAGUCUUGGCAAUACUGAUACAAUCCUUCCAUGCUUUUAAGGGUCUUGUAUGGUCUUAUUGUUGUUUAAGCAGCCCUGUAUGUAAAUAGGUAGAUUUGGUAUUGUUAUUUAUUUAUUAUUUAUUUGUUUAUUUAUUUAUUUUAUUUAUGUAUUUUUUAUUUGAAAGUAGCCAUAUUCUUAAGGUUUUUAUGGUUCUGUUUAUUAUUAUUUGGGCUGUCCUGUGUUUGUGAUUGCUGGACUGAUAUAUAAAUGGGUAGUUUUAUUAUUAUUUUUUAUUUUAUUUUUUUAUUAUUUUUUUAUGCUUUUAUUAUUUUUUUUAUGCUUUUAUUAUUUUCUUGUUUAUUUUUGUCUUAUUUAUUUAGCCUGCCUGGCAUACAGUUAGAUUUAUUGUUAUUUUCUUGUGUAUUUGUUUAUAUUGUUUUAUUUUAUUUACUAUUUGUUUAGUUAAUGAUUUAGUGUUGGUAUUUUUUGUGUUUAUUUGUGUAUUCGGUUUUAUUUACAGCUAUUUAUUUAUUUAUUUUUAUUUAUUUAUUUUUUUUUAGUUUAGAGUCUGGCCAACGGGGAAAAACUAACAACAAUUAACCCAAAAUUAUAAUUACUAUUUAUAUAUCAUUACUUUUCAUAUUAAGGAGACUGGCCAAGGCAGAAAAAAAAUAUAUAAAAAAAAACACCCUUCGUACAGUGCAACUCCUGAAACAAAACAGGAGAAAAAUCAUUUAAGUUCCUGAGGCGUCUAAUACUCCUCUUUUGAGAUAGAAACACUGACAGGCAGAGUCCCAGAGUGCACCAGUGAAGGGGUGAAACAAUGACAAUACUGCCUGGCUCUUGCACUAGUGAGGUGGACAGAAUAAGGAUGAGAAUAAAGAGAAAUUGUCAUAGGAAAUACAAACUGUGUUGUGAGUAGUUGUGAAUACUUUACUUAUGCCUAAAAAAUUGUGCUAAAAAUAUCUGUGACAUUUAGGUGAGUUAGAGAGGAGGUGAAGAGACAGAAAGAGGUGAGAUGAAGCGAGAUGAGUUUGUUACCGACUUUUUUCACUUCACAUCACCUCUGUCUCUCUCCUGAACCUCUAAAAAGAUAUCUAUAAUGCAUUUAGACAAGUUAGGAAGGAGGUUAAGAGAGGUGAGAUGAAGUGAGAAUAUUCCUAUGUAUUUUCUCUCAUAACACCUCAUAUCACCUUUUGUCUCCCCCAAACCUCUAAAAAUAUCAACAAUGAGACAUUUAGACAAGUUAGGGAGGUUAAGAGAGAGAGAGGUGAGAUGAAGUGAGAUUAUUCCUGUCUCUCUCCCAGCUUAAACUUUCAAAAAUAUUUAUAAUGAGAAAUGUAGACAAGUUAGAGAGGUUUAGAGAGAUAGAGGUGAGAUGAAGUGAGAUUAUUGUUUUGUUUCUUGCCUAACACCUUUCUCUCUCUCCUUCUCUUGGCCUCUGCCUCCUCAAAAAGAGCCUAUAUUAAUGAACUGGUGAUGGUACGUGCCUAUAAUAGCUUGUAACAACAUAUCAUCAUAAAAUCUGCCAAUGCUGGUUGAAUUAUAAUCAUUGUCAUUCCUCAUGCUAAGCUUAGUAUUAUUAUUAUUAUCAUGUCAUGCACUACUCUUUUCAUUUGUUUCCUGUACUGUCAUUUGUGCAGGAAAUAUCAUGAUGUUUUGGUUGCAAGAGUCCAUGUAUAUAUAGAUUGAGCCAUCGUAUUCAUGUUUUUCAUUGUGUAGUGUUGUAAAUAUACUUUAUCUAAAUAAAAAAUGUAUCGUA